AUGCGCCCGUUAACAGACGAGGAAACUGAGAAGGUAUUUUCAAAGCUUGCAACAUUCAUAGGGGACAACGUGGCGCUUCUGAUUGAUCGUGCUGAUGGUGACUACUGUUUCCGAAAUCACAAGUUAUGUCUCGAACGUGUCUACUACUGUUCAGAGAGUUUAAUGCGUCAGGCAGGAUGCAUUGCACGCGAACCUCUUCUUUCUUUUGGAACAUGUCUCGGGAAAUUCACGAAGUCGCACAAGUUUCACCUUCAUGUCACAGCUCUCGACUAUCUAGCACCAUAUGCCAAAGUAAUCUGUACUUUCUUGUCUUUACUUUUACUUUGCCUGUAUAUGUACGUGACUGGUUUUGGGACAGAGUGUGUUUAUUCUAACCAUAUUAGAGCUUUUGCUUAUUCGUCAGGCAGAACUCGCUUGAUCGGUUGCAUUAAGGCCCCACCGAUUUUAAUAGUAAUUUUUAAUUUUUUUCUUCGUAUUUUUGUUGAGCAAACGCGAGGUGUUAUUAUUCUUUGUUCACGAUUAAGCUGA